UUGAAAAAUGCAUCCGCUCAAAAUUAAAAUAAUAAUUGGUUUGAUUGUUUUCUUUGAGAUGGAUCCGCAUGAACCACUACUUUUAGAUUAUCAAUGUAGGUCAGUCAAUAAAUUGCCGGCCAAAACACAAAAGGGGCCCUUUACUUUAAUUAUUCCGACCUUAAAGAACCACUUAAAUAAGGACCCAAUAACACAAAGUUCUUUGGUUUUAGUAUAAAAAGGUGGUUGGAUUUUGGUCAGAGCAUCAGUUGAUCCAACACUACUUAUCAACCAAACUACCCAGUUUUACCUACUACAAUAGUUCAAACAAUAUAGAAAAAAAAAUGGCUUUUAAGUACUUGAUUUUGUGCUCUGUCCUCGUCUACGUCCAAGCUGGCUACUUGGCUCCAGCACUCAGCUACGAAGCAGCUCCGGCUCUAGCUUACAGCGCUCCAAUUUCCUACUCAGCUCCAGCAAUCACGUCGCAGUCGUCCAACAUUUACAGAUCGCCAGGCAAUCUUGGACAAAUUUCCACUUACUCGAAAAGCAUCGACACUCCGUUUAGUAGCGUCAGGAAGGCUGAUGUCAGGAUUUCGAAUCCUGGAUUGAAGAUUUCCAGUGCUUACGGUGUUCCAGCUGUGGCUUAUGGUGCUCCUGCUGCUGCUGCUUACCACGGGCCUCUUUUGGGUGUCGCUUACUCUGCGGCUCCGGCUGUUGCUCACGUUGCCUUUGAUUCUGGUGUUACUCAUUAUGCUUUUUGAUUUUAAUGAAGUUUUUUGUGUAUGCUUAUGUUAAUUUAUUAUUAAUAAAGUUUUUGAUUUAGACA